AUGGCACUGCUUUUUCUGGAUCUGAAGGCUGUUCAGUCUCAUGAUGUAUCAAGAUUACCUUGGAUUGGUCCACUUCCUGGGGACAUUGCUGAAGUUGAGGCAUAUUGUAGAAUUUUUAGACAGGCUGAACGACUUCAUGCUGCGCUGAUGGAAACACUGUGCAAUCCGAUAACUGGUGAAUGUAGAGUUUCAUAUGAUUUUCCAUCUGAGGAAAAGCCAUUGUUGGAGGAUAAAAUAGUAUCUGUUCUUGGUUGCAUAUUAUCUCUUUUAAACAAAGGAAGAGAGGAAAUUCUUUCUGGAAGGUCAAAUAUUAUGAAUUCUUUCCGCACUGCAGAUGUUAGUGUGAUGGAGGAUGUACUGCCACCUCUUGCCGUUUUCAGGAGUGAAAUGAAAAGAUGUUCUGAGAGCUUGCAUGUUGCACUUGAAAACUAUUUGACACCUGAUGAUGACCGAAGUCUAUAUGUAUGGAGGAAAUUGCAAAGGCUGAAAAAUGUUUGUUAUGAUUCUGGUUUUCCUCGCAGAGAAAGCUAUCCGUGCCAUACACUGUUUGCAAACUGGGAUUCUGUUUGUUUGUCCACUCCUAAGGACAAUAUGGCUUCCAAAGAUUGUGAGGUAGCAUUCUGCAAGGGGGGUCAGGUAACAGAAGAAGGCCUUAGAUGGUUAAUUGACAAAGGAUUUAAAACCAUAGUAGAUAUUAGAAGUGAAGCUGUGAAGGAUAACUUUUAUGAAGCAGCUAUAGAUGAUGCUAUUUUGUCUGGGAAAAUUGAAUUGGUAAAGAUUCCAGUUGAAGUUAGGACUGCACCUUCAGUGGAGCAGGUUGGGAAGUUUGCCUCUUUGGUUUCAGAUUGCAGCAAAAGGCCCAUUUAUCUUCACAGUAAGGAAGGAGUGUGGAGAGCUUCUGCCAUGGUAUCUAGGUGGAGGCAGUACAUGACGCGCAGUGGUUCACUGUUUGUCUCCAAUCAUCCAGUCUCUUCAAAUGAUAUAUUUUCAGAGAAGAUGCAUGGAACCAGAGGUGAGGCAGUUCAUAUCUCAAAAGAAAGACUCCCCUUAGAAGAGGUGAAGCUGCAGCAGACUUUAGACGAGACUCGUAGUUCAAGUGGAGCGUUUCGCAAAGAUAGCUCUGUAGAAAAUGACAACAAAGAUCUUGGUAUUAGUGAGAUUGACAAUGGCUCUGCUUCUACAGAAGGUGUGAAAUCAGUUGAUGAAACAAUAAUCACCAAUAUAAGAGGCUGGAAACACUACCAGCUCCAAGAGACCCAUCUAUUGGGGCAAAGGGGAGAAGUGAGAUGA